AUUUGCCCACGUUGGUCCCUCGGCGGCACCCGUAGAUUUAUGCUAAAGUCAGACGUGUAUCUUCGCGUCAAGCGGAAGUCGAGAUGCAAAACAGUUGAAUCAUGAACACACGUACGAACCGUUGCUCGGUGGGAACUUGUCACAGCGGGAUUAUUUACUAAAGAAUUUAAACGAGGAUGUCAUCCGUCUUCACGUUACACUUGGAGGAGCAACAGAAGAGUCCAGAGAUGGACGGUGAGACCGGACUCAUGUCCAUCGACCAGGGAGGAGAGUGGGACAUAAGCCUGUUCGAUGAGCUCGACAACCUGGAAGAUGCAGUCGACCUGCUUGAGGCCUUGCAGAACCCUGGCUAUGCCAACGAGGCUCCAGAUCUGGACUUUGAUAUUGAUAUACCUCUGUGGAAUGAAGUGGACACAAACAGCAUCUACACAGAUGGUGAGGUGAGUGUGGACUCUCUGUCACCUGCCCACACUCUGAGCUCUGUCCCCUCUCCUGCCUCUGUGGAGGCUCUGUCCCCCUACUCCCUCCAGGAUGAGGCCCUGUCGCUACAGUCGCAACACUCUCCUCUUUCGGUCUGCUCAGAGUCCAGUGGAUUUUAUGAAAUCCCUACCCCAGCCAAGACCGCUCCAAGGAGGACAAGCCAGACCCCACGAGCCAAAGCAGCUCAGUCCAUCAAGAGGCCGAUUAAGAUCGGACCAAAAGUUUCCAUCCAGCCGAGGCCGCUGAUCACGGCUCUGCCGCUCGCUCAGGCAGGAGCUUCCCUGCAGGCCAAGACGAUCAUCCUCCAGCCCCUGCAGACCACUGUGCUGCCUGUGGUCAAACCAGUUCCAGUUAACAUCCAGCCAGCGCCCCCUCCAGGUCAUCCUAUAGUGCUGUCUCAGCCGAGCCAAGUGCUGCACAUCCAGACGCCACAGGCCGUCACAAGCAAUGUGGUCGCCAUGCCAACACUCAGCCAGGACAGGCCUGUCUCCGUCACACUCCGAACCUGUUCCUCAGAUGAUGAUUCGAAGUUGUCCCAGAGACAGCAGCGCAUGAUAAAGAAUCGCGAGUCAGCAUCCUUGUCUCGGAAGAAAAAGAAAGACUACCUGCUCACGCUGGAGGCCCGCCUCAAGGUGGCGCUGUCCGAGAACGAGGUGCUUAAGUGUGAAAAUGGCAACCUGAAGAGACAGCUGGAAGGCCUGCUGAGUGAGAACACAGGACUUAGGACAACAGCGCCCAAGAGGAGAGCCGUGUGUGUCAUGGUGGUUUUGGUGUUCCUCGUGCUUAAUGUUGGACCAAUGGGUUUGUUCCAGGGUGGUCCGGGCUCCAAGCUCCAAGUUGUUUCCAUGCAGAACAGCGGCCGACACCUGCUGGGUUUCUCCUCGGAGGCGGAGACGAUCGUCGUGACGGACCCCGAGCCUCUGGACAGCAGCCUCUCUGGGGCGGCCGACAGCUCUGAGGAUAAGGCCCUGAUGUUGGUGAAGGAUUCCCUCUAUCUUAGACCCCCCCCGCCCUGCCAGCCUCCUCUUAACAGGACCAAGUGCAAAGAGUUGGCCCAUGAGCUGAGGGGUUGGGUCCACCGUCAUGAAGUGCAGCAAACCAAAUCCAGGCGCAUGAGUAACGGCAAUCACAAACCCACCAGGACCAUUCUGAAAACAGAGAAUAAGGAGGCUGCCCAGAUUGUGACCGUUCAAUACACGGAAACUACUGAGGAAAAGAGCCCUGGCAGUGAGCUGCAGGUCUACUACGCCCCUCACCACACCUACAGUGACUUCUUUGACGAGAUCAACCGCCGGGGCGACACUUUCUACGUGGUGUCUUUCCGCAGGGAUCAUCUUCUACUUCCUGCCACCAACCACAAUAAAGGGAGGCGACCAAAGAUGUCUUUGGUGUUGCCAGCCAUGAACAUUAACGACAGCGUCAUCGGGGACAAAGAGUUCCAGGUUAUGAUGCAGAUCGACUGUGAGGUAACGGACACCAGGAUCCUCCACAUCAGGUCUUCAACCAUCCCGCCUCUGCUCCGGGUCAACCGCACCGACACGUUUUACCACCACUCCCCGACCAACAACCAGACCACGCCCCCUGUCGGCGUGCUCAUGGGGUCUGCCUAGGACCACCAUCAGCUCCUGCGUUACUCAGAACAAUACAACAGAAAUUCAGAAACACAAACCCGAGACACAACCUCAGAUUUUGGUUGAUGGAUAUUUUUUUAAUAAUUCUGAUGUGUUUCCACUGACUUUGUGUUUGUGAUGUGGCUGUGAGUGAAAGUGCUCUGCAGAAAUCCCCUCAUCGUUAGGUAGCUUGAAGAUUGUCCCCAGCUGUCAGCCACUUUAUUGGGACCGGUAUCCAGAGGUAGUCUGAAACAGGGGUACAAGCAGACGCUCCCUGUGACCCCAGAUGUCUCGCACAGGGGGAAUUGUUUAGCGGCAGGGGGCAUAACACAAAUACUUAUCAUAGCAGCUCUUCUGAAGUCUGAUCUAGUUCCUCUCUCUUAAUUUCAGGACAGAGCACAGAAAACCCAUUGAUGUAAAGCAGGGGUUUACUGUUCAGAAGCACAACAGCGUCCCUGUUUAUAUCUCGGCUAAAUAUGAGUCCUGCAAUCAUCUCUCUUACUCACGUGUCGUCUUUGUGACUCUCUAAAUAAAGUCAAUUGGGUGAGAUGACAGGUUAAUACCAUGUGGCACCAGAGGCAAUCAGUAAACUCAGGAAGUCCGGUGAUCACGGAGAGCUAACCGAACCGCAAACUGCUAUUUGUUGGUCUCCAGGCGGCGGUCUUCUCUUUUUAACAGCGUAUCAAUGAAGAAUCCCACUUUUCAAUUUUGGAGUCUUUGCACUGUGCUUCACUUAUAUUGAUGAACAGAUUCAGAUGCUGUACAUAUUUAUUUCAUUAUUAUGUAACAGUAAUUGUCAACUUCUAUGGUGUGAUGCAAUUUGCUCAUUUCCGCUGUUAAAAGUUCCAGGAUUUAUUUACAUUUUCUUCCUCAGUCUGCCAUAUUGUAAAUAAAACUAUAAAAGGUAGAAAUCAAACAUACAUUAAAUGUGACUACAGAGAGAUUUUGUAGGUGUCAGCUGGGUGGUCAUUCAGAAAUUAUUUCAUGAAAAGUUCAUGAUCCUCGAAUUGGAAAUUGCCAAUAAAAAACCAGCAUUUUAUUAUUUUAUUUAUAUUUUUUUAUACAUAACCACUAGUAACAAAAAACACAAUGACUUUUCCAUCCAUGGGCUGAAUUGCAAUUUUAUGUUUUGCUCUUGAUCCUAAUAUAUUGAAAUUCCUAGUUUAAAAAUUGUGUGGGGUAAUGGAAGAUUUUAGUAGGGAAUCAUUUCUAGUAUACAAUUGCACUGUUAAUGCAGCGCCUGGGGUUUUCAGUUCUGAUAUUAAAUGCUUUAUUUUAUAUAUGUCUGCCACCUUGUUUCGACUACCUGUAGUUUGGGGCAAUAUUUAAGUAAAUGAGAUCAUAUAGAAAUUCUAAUUCGUACAAAUAUUCCUCGUCAGUUUGUCUGUUUUGAUAAAUCAACAUACUUUACAUCUGAGACCAGAUUGUAGCCACAGGAUUGUACAGAUGGUUAAGCUUUAGCUCAGCAGAUGCCCAUAAAAAUUGUUCAAGAAAAAAAGCUUUUGUUGUUUUAAGAGUAGAUCUUCUGUGUGUGAAUUCUGUUUUUUCCCCUUUGGUUUCUCAAUCGCUUUCAAUAUAUUUGAUUUUCCACUUUGGUUUUACUGCAUCCAGACCGAACUAAAGGAGAAGACGAGAGUACAAACAAAUUGUGAGGUUUUGCUUUUAGUAUUCUAUUAUGUGUGUAAACCAAAAUAAACACUGGAUUUUCUCUCACCUUA